CUCGUGCUAGGAGUAAUGGCGUGGACUGGCCAGGCGGUACGCGAACAUUCGAUGCCGUAAGCUUCUAGCUUAAAGGCAAUUCGACCGACGCACUCGAAUUAGUCCGCAGACUCAUUCUGGAAUGCUCAAGGCAGUCUUGCUUGACGAAGUUUGUCUUGUGCCGCCCGUUGAAAUGUGAGCAUGUUUGGAGCAUUCGGCAAGCGAGUGAAAUCACACUGCUUGUGCCGCCGCGCCGCGUCUUUAGGAUAUAACGACCAACCCGACGCAGCCCAGAGGUGCCGGCAGCACGACGUGGAGGAGGCGAGCCAGCAGAGCACGCAGUGCCAGAGCCCGCGCAAGGAGCGGCUGCAGCUCCGCGAAAUGAUGCGGGUGUUCGUGCAGGAGGCCGUGAACGGCAAGAGCCUCGAGGCUGGGGACCGGGGCUGCGAGGCAGAGCUGAAUCCAGAGGGGUCUCUUAGUCUAUCCGAAGAGGAGGUGGACGGGGCCACGCACGACAUCCCGAUCACCGACAUCAAGGACGUCUACGGCGGCACCUCCGUGGCCCGCCUGUGCGCGGAGGCCGCGCCCGUGCGCCUCGACGAGCGGUGCGCGACGCUGGCGCUGCGGACCGCGGAGAGUGCAUCACCUUCCGCAUGCCCAGCCUCAGAGAGCGGGACGUCUUCAUCAAGUGUGUCAAGAUUCUCUUGUUCGCGGUGUACUCAUGAGCGCGGUCCGUGUCUCGCCCCGUCGUUUUGCUCCCAAUAUUCAGCUUCUCCUUUUGCCGUCUCCAACAUGCAGCACGCGCGAGGCGCGCGUCUCUGCGCCCGCUGCGGGCCCAGAAGGAGGAGCAAGCACGUCCGGGGGAGGACGCCGCGCUGCGCGCCCGGACAUGCGCAGAGCAGCCAGCCGCGGGCGCAGGAUCGCAGCAAGUACGGUGCCUCCUGGAUCGUGCGCGUGCUCGGGAGGCCCAGCGGGCAGAGGCGUGCGGCAGCCGACCGCUGACGCGGGCAUCCUCCCUGGGAGGGCCAGCGCGCCGAGGAGGCCCUGCCGCCGUGCGUGGAGGGCGGCAGCGAGCUCACUGGAGGCAGGAAUUGCGCUGAAUCACGGAGCGGAACUCGUGGGACGUCGGCCAUGGGCUCACGGAAGGCACUCUUCCCUGAGGGCAUGCUUGUUCUGCGACCGUGGUCUCGCUGAAGGCAGACACGUCUGCCUUUUCAGUGAGAAUUGGUCUGCCUUCAGGGAGGCGAGUGCUCUCGCGGCGCUCACCUGUGGCGAGGAGGCCAGCGCUGGCGGGCGCCGGGGCGGCUUCCAGAGGGGCGCCGCGGCGGUGGGCGUGCAGCGCUAACCGGCGCAAGCACCAUGCCCUCCUCGGCCCGCGAGGAGCCACUGAAGCGCUGGAAGACAAUCGGAUUUUG